UAUUUAUUGAAAAUUCAAUGGAGUGUAGUUACGAGUACUUGUGCUGGAUUGGUGACAGCAGUACUGUAGCUACGUAUUCCCAAUUUCAUUCUUGUAAACAUUGCGUUUGAAUUUAAGGAAGUAAUCGCUUUCUCGUAUGAAAUCACUUCAUAUAUAUAAUUUAGCGAAAACGUAUGUUUAAUGGAGACGUUUGGUCGUCAGAGAAUUCCCUUAAAGAUUGAAUAAUAUGUGAUUUUCUUUGGGAUCGACAGAGUAUGGAUACAGCAUUCUUGGUUGGGCAGUCCAUGGUACAUUAAAUAAGUGUAAUGAACUUAGUAUUUUACCAUGGAACAAAUAGAUGAAGUACAAAACAAUACAGUUGAAGUUCAAUCGGUACCAGUAAUAGAUUUAUCUUCUGCGGAGUCAGAAUCAAAUGAGGAUGUGACAAUUAUUGGAAACAUUCCUGAGGAUCAGGAAAAUUGCUCCAAAGAUUAUACAGACAAUGUAAUGGAAGCUCCUUUCUCAAAGAAUGAAUGUGAUUUAAACAUUUUGGUACGCAAAGUUGAUAUUGAUGAAGAAGAAAUAAUGAAGAAUGUUGAUGCUAAUGUAACUAGUGAGUUGCAUCGAGAAACAGUUAAUAAUGAUAUAGAAGAGGCAGCUCAAGCUGGUACACAAGAGAAAGUUAAUAAUGACACAGAAGCUGACAAUGACCAUAGUGUACAGAAUGUGGUAAAAACUGAAAAAAAACAAACUACAGUAUCAAUUGAUGCUGAAGACAUCGAAAAAUGUGCAGAUAAGGAAUCCUCAAAUAAAGAUGAUUUUAUUGAUUCAAAUGACGAUCGGGAACUCAGCACAGAUAAGAAUAAAUAUCAAAAUCUUGAAAAAGAUGUUUGUACGGUAAUAGAUAUAAAUACAACUGAUGAUACCAAUACUCAGUGUCAAACGUUAAUUAAAUCUCUUAGCCAGACAUUCGAAAACAAAGACCAAUCUCUGCAUGUUGCGGAUACAGAAACAGAUUUAACUAAAUUGGUUGAUGAUAAUUCAGAAGUUAUGGUAGUAACUGUAGAAACAGUACCCCUCAACGAUUCAAAUGAAGCUCCUAAAGAAAAAAUUGUUGUAACCAUGCAUGAAAAAGAUAUUUUAGUAAAUGCAAAUAAAAAUGACCUUUCACAAAAAGAAAAGGAAACAGAGAAAAAUAAAAUUAUAAACGAACAAUUCGAUUUGAUAGAAUAUAGUCAAGAAACUGAUGGAACUAUCAUUGAGGUGAUUUCAACAGAAGUAAUACAAUCAGAGGUUUCUAAAGCAUGUACUCAAGAAGACAAUGAACUGAUUUCAAAACUUACCACUUCUGGAAUUGAUCUUGUAACAUCAACCACAUCUGAAGUUGCCACCAGUUCACAGAUUAUAGGUACUGAUGUAAUAAUUAAUGAAGACAAGAUAAAAAGUACAGGUACUGACAAACUUGGAGAAAAUGAUACAGAAGCACAGUUAGAUAAUGAUAUCAAGACUGGCACAUGUGAUCAUUCAAAUAGAAGUAAUGUAAAAAAAGAACCUGAUGAUAUUAAAGUUAAUAUCCCUACAAAUGUGGAUAACUCAAAAAAAGAGUGUAAAAUAAAUAAGGUAAAUAAAUCAGUUUCAACAACUAACAAAAGAAGCGUAAUUCAAGAUAUUUUUGAUGACUGGGGCGAUGAAAAUGCAGAGGAGGAUAAUCAGUCAAUUUCUAAAGAGCAUGAUACUGUGGAAAUUGAAUUAAAAAGCUUGUUAGAUGACACACGAUCAAGUCAAGCUGUGGAAGAAGAUACAAUACUAAUUCUUAAUGAAGAAAGUAUAGAAAAAGGGGAUACAGAUACUGGGAAGACUGUAAAAGUUAUUAAAGGUAAUAAAGAAGUACAAAUAUCAAAAGAGCAGGCAGAUAAUAAUCAAAGUGUAAAAAAGCAACAACGUUUUGUUAAAUCAUUGAAAAAGGAUCCAGUAAAUUUUACAGUGUCACAGAACUUUGGAAAGUCUGUAAAACACACAACACACGAUUCUAUUACAUUUAGUCAAACAUCGUCUCAAGCAAAGAUUAUACCUCUUGCUAAUCGUGGUCGUAAUUUGACUAGUCAAAUAGCUUCACCAGCCGAAGUGACGGAAGCGUUAAAAGAACGGCUUCGUGAGAAACAAAAAAUUGUGGAAGCACCACCUGGACCCGAUAUAUUUUUCGUUAAGAAACUAACUCAGAGAUUAUCAAGUAAACUAGCAGGUGGUCCAAUGAGUACUUUACCAGCACUUAUACCAUUGCCUCAGCCUUCAAUUCAAUCAUGCACUCCUACAGACAAAAAGACUACAGAAAAUAUAAGUACUGAUGCGAAUAAAGAUACUAGUAAAGAAAUUAAUACACAAACUACUGAAGCAGAUAAUAAAGAAAGUAACUCUGAUAAUAAGGAAUUAUUGGCAAUAUUAGAAGGUGAUGUGGAUCCUGAUUGGUCAAAUUUGAAACCACCAACGCUAACAGAAGAAGGAAAGGGUCCAGUGAAUGUUGAAGAAACUGGUCCUAAUACACCUCCAAAACUUGAUCCUUUAGUCGAAAGGGAGUUAGCAUUAAAGCAACUUCUGGAAUUACCUAUCAUACCUGUUAAGAAAGCUGCCUCGCGAAAGAAAAAAACAUUUAAAUCUGCACCUGGUAAAACUGCUAAAGAUAUAGAAGGAAAAUCUCCCGAAGUAACAAAGGAAAUUGUUAGUAUUGACUUAGCAGAUGAUUCUACAGAACCAAUUUUAAACAAUACAAGACCAGAUACUGGAACAUCCCCUGUAAUUAUUGAAAAUACACUAGAGAAGAGUGUAGAAUCGGCUUCGAGAGAACUACGAAUAGAUGAAUCAAGAUCAGGUAGAAAACGAAAACUUACGGAGAAAGCCAGAGAGCAUGAAGAACAGCUGAGUAUUGUAAAACGUCAGAAGGUAUACAAAAGUAAAGUUUCAUUGAACAAGAAACAGCCUCUAGAAAAUGAAGUACAGCCUCCAGCAAAUACAAGCUUAACUACUGAGAAUGAUGUUCUGAAAGAGAGUAUUGCACCUGCUGAGACUGUAAGUAAUGAAGCUGAUGUUACAAUAACAAAAGAAAUAAUAAAUAAAGAGCUUACAAGUGAAAUCGACCUAACAUCGAAUAAACCUGAGGCCAUACCUGUAAAACGGCCAAAGCAGAGUCUCAGCAAGAAGGGAUCUCAGUCUAUUCCUAAAAGAAGCAUGGUAGUGAAGAAAAUAUUGAAACAAAAUAUGUCUUCUGGUAAGAAGGUUGCUUUGAAGACAAAAUUGAGUACAUCGUCAAAAAAAUCGGCAUCAAAAGUCACUUCAAAAUCUAAGCAAUCAACACAGAGUAGUUCUGGAGAUUCUAAACCAAAGAAGAAGCCAAUUAAUGAAAUAGAUAGAUUGCUUCAAGACGAAGGCGUUGUAAAUUUGCUGUACGAUGUAGAACAACCAGACAAAAAACGACUAAUUCCUAUCACUAAAUCUCAAGCAAAAGUUAUGGACAUUCAAAAAGUACAACGUGAGCUUAAUUUUAGAAAAAAAUUAGUACGCAGCGCUGUUCUAAGAUUACGUACUGCAACAACAGGUGUGUCAAAAGUUUCUCCAAGGUCUAAAAGGACCACGAUACACGGUAGUGAUAUACAAACGGAUAAAAAAGUGGGAGAACAAGCUGCCACAGUCAAAUCAAAUGCUACACCUCAACAAGAAUUUAUUUUACCUGCAAAAAUAAGGAAUGCAGCAGAUGCAUCUGUUAUAAUUAGAAGACAUUCAUCUAGCUCUUUUUCUAGUGCGUCUGGAAGUCCUAGAGUUAGCAUUGAUAGUCCCGAAAAAAUUGAGGGAACUAAAAACGAUGAAGCAGGUUCCCAUUCCCUGAGAUCCACAAAGAGAAGACUUUCAGAUGAAGGGACAAAUGCGAAAAAGAGUAAAAAGAAAGUUGUACAUAAAGGUGAUAUAGAAAGUAUGGUUGCCAACAGUGUAGAUGAUAAAGCAGUUCGUCCGACUAAAAAGUCAGAUUCCAAAAAAGGUGAUAAGAAUUCCAAACAUGCUGAUGCUACUAUUACAGAGGAAACCAGUUCAGGCAAAGUUAUAACAAGGUCGAAUGGUACAACUACAGGAAACGCAAAUAUUGCCAAGAUAUUAGAAUUGGAUAAUAGCAAAACAAAAACAGAAUCGCGAAAUCAAUUCAGUAAUAAAGAGAUAAAUGUACGGCGACACGGUAAUCUUGUGCAACUAAUUCUCACUCCAUCGUCUUCAACAAAAUUACGAAACGCCCUUACACUACAAAUGAUGCAAGAGUUUCGUGAAACGUUAUCGAUCCUGAAAAAAGAUGAUGACUGUAGAGUUGUUUUGUUAACAUCCACUGGUAGCAGUUUUUGUGAAGGUCUUGAACUUUCUAUGUUACUACAUACUAAUACAGAAGAGCGACGAAUUCAGGCCCAAGAAAUGGCAGACGCUGUUAAAGACUUCAUUAAAAGUUUAGCUACGUUUAAUAAACCGAUUGUUGCUGGAGUUCAGGGCGCUGCAGUAGGACUUGGAGUAACAAUGUUGCCUUUGUUUGAUCUCGUGAUAGCUAGUGAUAAAGCAACGUUUAGUACUCCUUAUGGAAAAUUAGGACAAAUUGCCGAAGGCGCUGCUGUUUUCACUUUGUCACAUAUACUGGGAAGUGCAAUUACAAGUGAAUUACUUUUGGGUGGUAGAACUCUAACAGCUAGUGAAGCAUUAAGGGCUGGUCUGGUUACAAGAGUCCUGUGGCCUGACAGAUUUCAAGUUGAACUUCUACCAACUUUGAAGGCUAUGAGUGAACAAUCUUCACAGUCCAUGGAAGCUACAAAGGCUUUGCUGCGUCACAGCUUAAGAAAAAAAUUGGACGCGGCAUUGGAAUCGGAGACCUAUUUGCUAAUCCAGCACUGGUGUUCCACAGAAUGUCAAACUGCCAUAAAGGCUUACAUGGAUGGCAAAGUCCAGUGAACAUUCAAAUGAUACUCAACGAUUUGAAUGGAAGUACUAGCCACAUAUUUCGACACUACAACUAGUAUUGUAAAUUGGGCACGAAGAAUAAUAACAAGAUAAUUAAUUUGGGAGACAUUAAAGUGAGAAAAGGAGUCGUGACUCUGGUGCGUUAUUUUGCAUCAACGCACGAUUAUUUUUAAGAUAAAACGUAAAGAUAUCGAAACAUUCGAUCAGAUGGACUAUUUUAAUAUUAGAUCAUUUAAGCAAAUACAUAUAUACUUU